UUCUUGUUCGUAAUUAUCAUAUGCACACAGGAGCAUCAGAUUAUAGACCUUCGAAGAUAUUUCACAAUAUUAUCAUAUGAAUUGAAGUCGUUUCUAGUUACAAGUGUACAUGAAAUAAAGACAAGUGCACAAGGUUUUUUAAUGGUUGUACGGACGAUGGCUGACCCCUCGGAGAGAGAAGAACUCGAGAAUUUAAUCGAGGAAUGGAAUGCGACAAGAUUAGAUAUGUUUGCUAUCAAAAAGCCCGAUGCGAACCUUGAUUUCUCUGGCAAUAUGCGGUUUUACUUUCAAGAACCUGGGGCGAAAGACACAAAAGUAUCGACUAAAGUUCUUCGAGUGAAGAGUUCAGACACAACCGACGAAGUUAUGAAGGUUUUAGUAUCGAAAUUUCAUCCUGAUAUGAAGAUGUUGACGGUUCCGAACUAUUCACUCUACGAAGUUCAUGAAACUGGAGCAGAGGUGCACAAACUCGAGUUGGAUCAAAGGCCAUUGUAUGUUCAGCUGUAUUGGCAACGUGAGGACAGAGACGGUCGAUUUUUGUUGAAAAGUGAUGCAGAUCAACUCACCAAGAAGCUAUUCGACGACAAAGAAACUGACAGAAAACCAAAUCAACGCAACUCGAAACUAAACAAAUCAAAGCGGGUGCUAAAAAUAAGAAAAAUAAAGGUGCUGAGGGGGAAGAAGAUUCAGGAAACAUAGCACAAGCAUUACAGUGCUAAACAGGAGUCUUCUUUCACAAGAACCAAAUCAAAUCCGGAAGUUGUGAUGAGAAUGCAAAGAGAGAAAAAAUUAGAACAGAAAAUGAAACAGCUUCAAAAUCAACAGGCAUCCGGUGGCGGAGGGGGCCCUCUAAGAAUUUUUGCCGAGAAUCUCCAACCAGAGAAUCCAUAUAAGACUAUAUUGUGUGGUACUAAUGACACAACUGAAACAGUCCUAAAGGAGGCAUUAUUAAAGUUUGAAAUACCUCUUGAGGAGAAAGAUCAGUAUUGUUUAACUAUGGUGACAAUUGCACCUGGUAACCAAAGUGAUUCAGAAUCAUCCUCCGGAGUCAAGGAGCGUGUGAUGCGUAAUGAAGAUUGCCCUGCAGGAACUGCUGCAUCCUUUCCUGAAAGUGCUGGUGAACUGCGUUUCUAUCUAAAGAGGAUAGAAAAUCUUCCCAAAAGCAAACAACCACGAACUGUUCGUACAAAUGAGCCACGUCGGAAACCUGGUGGACGAGGUUUGGCAAAGCCAAGAAGCGAACAAACUCCACUACCUGGCAAAGAAACAACAUUUGAUGUUAUUGAACAUUCACCUCCAGAGAAGGAUCCUGGCUCUCCUGCUGUUUAUGUUGUGGAUGCAGCUCAUGACCUUCCUGCAACCCUUGAAUUCCAUGAAAAUGGUGAAGAUGCCUUGUUUGCAAUGGUUAUCACUGAGGUCAAUGGUUCUGCUGUCAAUUUUAAACUUGCCCCAACUUUUACCCUCUACUUAUGCUGUCGCUAUCGACUUUCUCCAAAAUUUCGACCUGAUAUUCAACCCAGUAAAAGACAAGAGAAAGUAACAAUGACCGCAAACAAAGUUGCAAAUAAGAUGUGGCAGACUGUGAAGGAGAAAAACGGCAUGGCAGAUAAUUUGGCAUUCUGGAUGGCAAACUCUUCGGAAUUUCUUCAUUUUCUCAAGCGAGAUAGGGAUUUGUCUUAUAUUACGGAGGAAAGCCAGACAAUUCUCGCGCACACAACCCAACAAGCCUUUCAUUCUCUGAUUCAGUGUUUCAAAGCCGAACUGGAGAAUUGUCUGCCAGCGUUCCUUGAUCCAUCCGAAGAGAGCGAUCGCGAUGAUCGCGUGGAGCCUGGUGCCGAUGAGAGUUUUGAUUCCGCAGAAAGCUACAAAUCAAGUGAACGAAGCUUCAAAGUAAGGCAAUACGGUCCGUACGGACAACCACUUGGUGGAGACCAUUGGAUUGGUAAGAGAAGAAAGGCGCCGCGACCUAUAGUCAACGAUGUACUUCACACGCUAAAAUCAGCGAUGUCCUUAUUACGUCGUUGUAAAGUCAAUUCAGCCUUGACAGUCCAGUUGUUUUCUCAAAUCUUUCAUUUUAUCAACAUGUGGUUGUUUAAUCGCAUUGUUCUUGAACCGCAACUCAAACUCUGCACUCGAUCCUGGGGGAUAUUGUUACUCAAUAGACUAGAGCGUCUUCAUUCUUGGGCUAAAAUUCAGGGUAUCGAAUUGGCCGCUGAAUGUCAUUUGGCCAGAGUUGGUCAGGCAGCAUUGCUACUACAAAUGCCAAAGCAAGAUUCGGCAAACAUCGCAUCAAAUUGCUUCAAACUCAACUCACUUCAAAUACGUCAACUUUUGGAGUUUUAUCAGCCAGAGAGGGACGAGCCUCCCGUCUCUUUGGACCUCAUCGAAAAAGCAGUUAGUAUUGCGGAGAGAACCGCUGACCAGAGCGCCCGCAAUGAUGGAGAUGAAGUAAAUCUUGAAGAAGAACCGGAACUACAAUUACCAUUCUUACUUCCUGACGAUAGUUAUUUUGUCGAGAAUACUUGUGGCGUGCCACCAGGAUUGAAGGAGUUCCUUGAUCCUCUAAUCGCCCCAGGUUUAUGCAAACUUACAAUCCAACCAAAAGCAUCAGGAUACUGGAGAGUUCAUUUUGAGGCUGUUGAAGUAACCGAGGGUCCUCCUUUAGAGACUAUUAAAAUUACUUUAAAUAAAGGAAACAAGGGAAUGGGCGUCAGCAUCGUAGCUGCUAAGGGCGGCGGUCAGGGAAAAUCUGGUAUAUACGUUAAAGAGGUUAUUGCCAAUGGACCAGCUGCUGUGGAUGGCCGUGUGAGUCCCGGUGACCAAAUCAUUGAGGUUGACGGCGAGUCCUUGGUUGGGAUAGAACAAGAGGAUGCUGUGAAGAUUUUAAUAAAAUGUGGCUCCAUCGUGAAUUUGACAAUUGCAAAAGGAGCUGCGGAACGUCAUGGUGUCGUGAAGAUAUUGAACGAUGUUGAAUCUGUCCAGAAAGAUGCUGAAAAAAACACAACCUCUCCAAUCCCACUACCGCGAUUGCGUCCUCAACAGGAUGGUGGUCAGCGAUCUCCUCCUAACAACACAAGCGUCAAAACUCAACAGGAUGGUGGUCAGCGAUCUCCUCCUCUCAACGCAAGCGUCCAAACAUUUGAAGAUCCAAAUACACUAGGAAAACCUUUUAAACCUGAACCAAAUAGACGAAUUCCAUACGAGAGAAACUCGUUAGACAAUCCUGAUCACAAAGCUUCUUCAAUGGCUGCGAAAGUGGAAUAUAAGUUCGAGAGUCCACCUACUGGUCGUAAACCUCCACUUGGGAAACCUGGUGUGCCAUAUGCCAAUCCUUUAGAAAUACAACAGAGACAAGAGCAACUGAGGAUUGAAAGGGAACGACAAGAACAACUGAGGAUUGAAAGGGAACGACAACAGCAACUGAAGAUUGAAAGGGAACGACAAGAACAACUGACGAUUGAAAAGGAACGACAAGAAAAAUUGAGAGGAACGAGAAGAAGAAGAUUGAAAGACGAGAUCAACAGAGGAUUGAAAGGGAACGACAAGAACAACAGAAGAUUGAAAGGGAACGACAAGACCAACAGAGGAUUGAAAGGAACGACAGAGGAUAUCGAAUCAAGAACAAGAUUGCAAGGAUUGAACGAAAUGAAAGAAAAUGAACAAUCGAAAAUGUCCGAGUUGGACGAAAUGACUCGUCGCGAACGAGAGCUUGAAUUGCUGUUGGAAGAAAAACGACGCGAAAAAGCAAGACGCCUUCAAGAACUUCAAAGACAGAUCCAGGAGGAAGAGGAAAGAGCGUUGAAAGAAGAGCAAGAGUUAAGAGAACGUCUCAAAAAAGAAAGAGAAGAGAGAAAAGAACCGCAAAAAACACAGCGACCAUCGGAUGUUGGUACAACGAAAAUGAUAAGAUAUCAAGAUGAUUCUACUUCAAGAGUGAUGAAUAGACCCAUUGACGUUGAACCAUCACAAAGAAAUCCCAGACCAUCCAACACCCAAGUACAUUAUGUGCCACGUAAUGAUGAUAAUAGUACACAAAGAUCCAAUCGACUCCCCAGAGCCCCCACACCUGCUGAGGUCAAACGAGUUGGUUCACAGCCAGCUUAUGGUAAGAUACCAACCUCUCCUGUUAUGGAUGGUAGAAGCAGUGAUGUUCGUGUUGGUAGACCUGGGGACUACAACAAAGGAGGACCAAUGACGGCUGAAGAUAACAAGAGCACGUCGUCGUCGUCAAUGCGAUCGUUUCCACCCAAUCAGAAGCGUUUCUCACCCCAAAAUAGCCAGGAUGAUUCAUUGGAUAUUGAUCCUGCGGAAAUUGAAAGGCAAUUUCAAGAACGUUUGGCAAAAGAAGCAAACAGUAAGAAUGGAACGGACAGCGUCGAUGGAGGAAUGGUACGAGUCAUUCGGGUACCUGUUCAACAAGAAAACUGGGAAAAGCCGGUUGACGAUAAACCGCGCGCCCGCGUGGACUGGCAACGAUCAGAAGAGGAGAAAAACCGCAGGGAACAACAAUGGCGUCGUGAAGCAGAUGAGCAACUUGUUCGUGAUUUUCAGCAAAACGAAUCUUUUAGACAAAGUGUGAGCACUGUUGCCGAGCCUGUACAUGUGAAUCCAGUAGACAGGGAGAAAGAAGAAGAACUUCGGAGACAACGAGAAGAAGACGACCGUCUCCGAGAAGCAAGAGCCAAUCAGCUGCGAAAUCGUAUUAUUGAAGGUCCUGACGAUGAUGGUCUUGAUUCGUCGUACACCAACGGACGAACCCGUCGUGUGAAGUUCGCCAGUGUUCGCACCGAGAUCGUCCAACCAUCGCCUGACGCUGAGCUCGCAACAUCUGGAGUGAAAUUUGUUCACGAUGGGAAGGUUGAAGAUAGUGAUGAUGACGGUAGUGAAGAAUUUCCUUUGCCUCCACCUCCCGCGGAUAAAGACAACAAUUUCUCGCCCCUACCUCAAAAUCAGGUUGACUAUUACCAGAGACCCCCACCUCCACCCAAGCCUCAAUUUUUGGUCAACAAUGGCAGUGGCCCUCCAGCGGAAUAUAAAGGCGCUCCUAACUCGACAGUCUACAGAGACAAUGGUCAUGUAGCCCGCGCACGGGAUAGAAUGAGUGAUAAUGGGUAUGCGACUUACCCAGGUCCCGCUCGCCUGCAGAAUAACAACAUUCAUCCAGUACCUAAACCUAGAAGUUUGUCCAACGACAUGGGGAAAUCCCCAAAUCCAGAAACCUCUUUCAAAGACAAAGUGAAAAUGCUAAAUGAAAAUCUGGCAAUCAAGCGACCCGAUGGAUCACAAAUGGCACAAAACUGGAUCAACAGGGACUCCUUAUGAAAAUGACAUUAUAGUUA